AUUCAGUUUCCUCUUUCUUUCCGCGAAACCAAGUAAACCACUCUCUCUCUCUCUCUCUCUCUCUCUCUCUCUCUCUCUCCAGAACGACGUGUUCGAUUCGAAGAUCAUUGUGAUCUUAAUCAGUGAUUGAAUUAGGGUUUAACCAUGGAAGACGAAUCAGGAAACGAAGGAGACGGAUACACAAUGAGCGAUUCACCGCUUGCUCGAUGGAGAAUCGAAUUCUCGAAAUCUUUCCAGAGUCACCUCGACAAAUCGGCUCCACACCUCGUUCGAAGAUGGCUAGUGACGCUAAUCGCCGCGGUGAUCUACAUCUACAGAGUUUACUACGCUUACGGAUUCUUCGUCGUCUCGUAUGGUCUUGCGACGUACAUCUUAAACCUCUUGAUCGGUUUCCUCUCCCCCAAAGUCGAUCCAGAGCUCGAAGCCUUGGAUCAUGCUUCUGCUUCUUCUGAGACUAGUAAAGAUUCUGAUGAGUUCAAGCCUUUUGUUCGUCGUCUUCCUGAGUUCAAGUUCUGGUAUGCAGCUACUAAGGCUUUUGUUGUAGCGUUUGUGAUGACCUUCUUCUCGUUUUUGGAUGUGCCUGUGUUCUGGCCAAUCUUGCUUUGCUACUGGUUGUUUCUGUAUUUUCUCACUAUGAAACGACAGAUCGUGCACAUGAUCAAGUACAGAUAUGUUCCUUUCGAUUUUGGAAAAAAGAGGUAUGGUGGAAAUGAUAAGCCUAGUAGCAGCAAUUCACCUCAAGGAGAUGAAAAUACGGCUCAAACGUGAAGCUUAUACCAGCCUCGAAAAUCUUGCAAUGCAGACCAUGGCUUGGUGCGUUUGGAUCAAUAUACGCCAAAUUACUGAUCCGGAUCGCUCUACUGACGCAGUAGAAGUGGAUAAAUACGUCAUCUUACUCAAAUACUAUAGAUUCUAGAGUUUACUUGCUUUGAUUACAUAAUGAACUUUGUCACCAAAUCUGUAAAACUGCUCCUGGUGUGUCUCUCUCCAUGAGUUCAGUGUGUAAAUGUUAACUCAGAUCAGAACUAAAUGUAACUUCUCUUUUUAUUGAAUGAAUCAGAACCAUAUACAAGUUGCGUAAACAA